AUGACACGAAUACGAAAAAAGAAUAAUACAAAAUGCGGUUCGUGUUGCAUUGAAGGCAGACGAUUGAAUAUGCUGAUCAAAACAGCAGUUCAGCAACGUUCCUGUAGCACAACUGGAAACUUAUUUAACAUUGAAGUGAUUGAAAUGAAUCGUAAGGUAUCAGUGAAAACUGUGCGGCAAAGGAAUUGGAUGGAUGAUAUUCAAUUGCUACCAGAUAGUAUUGACAAAAAACUACUAGAUGAAUGCUCUGAAUUGAUUCAGAAUUUUAUUGACAAUAAAAGAUCAUCAUCAUCGAAACGUGUUAGGUCAAAAUCAAAAUCGCCAAAAUAUUCUAUCACGAAAAACAGAAAAGUUGCUAAAAAAGCUCCAAAACAAAAGUCAUACCAUCGACGAUCAAAACCAACGAAAUUAAAACACGCUUUACGAAAGAAAAAUCUUUCCCCAUCAUUUCAGUACAGUUCAACGGCAAGUACAAAUGCUUAUCCUUACCAUACACCAUCACUUCCAUGUUACCAUUCAUAUGGUCCAAUCCAAUGUCCAAAAGAUAAAUUACCUAUGCCAAGAGAUCUUUGGUAUCGUAUUGUGUAUUCUCAGCUACUAGAACAACAAUUAAUGCCGUCUUCGAAAAGAAAACAAAAAGAAGGUAGUUUUGUGAAUGAAGAAGAUUGCAAAAAGCAAUCUACAGAAAGUUCAGUUGAAAGCAAUAGAUCAAUUGAUGAUUCAUCAGUUUGGCAUAGUAUGCGACGAGAAUUUUGUUAUUUACGUUGUCAUUGGCAGGAAAAUUUAGAUGAUAAAUCUAUCAGCAGUAGUCCACGACGACAGCAAACGAUGAAUGCGGCGUUUUCGUCACCAAUCAUAGCAACAAAAAUGCUCAAAUUAGAUGACGUACCAACUCCUAUCACAAAAGAAGAAUCACUAUUCAUAGCACCAUCUAAAUCUCACAAAUCAUAUCUGAUCAAUCAUCUGGAGUAUGUUCCUGAAACUUUACCAUUGGAAAGCGAACAUGAUCCAGGCCAGUCAAGUGAGAAAACUGUUCUAUCAACUCAAUCUGUACACACCGAAUUACCCAUCCAUCCAAAGAUUCUUCGUAGCUUGUCGACAGAUGCUGCAUUGGAACUGAUUCUGUCCAAUUCCAAUCCUUCUGUGCCCUCAAUUAUCCUUCUGCACAAUCAACCAAUUAUUGAAGAAUCACUUCUAACGACGGCAUCACUACCAUCUCAAGUACUACCAAAGAUUGUAUCUAUUGAGGACGUUGUGGAGCCUCCUUCCGCUAUAUCCGAUCAUCCGAUAUACAAUCAAUUGGUUGAAUAUUAUCAACUUCAAGAUGUUCUUCGAGUUGAAUUAUUCAAACGACUAAAUCGCCGAUUGAUACACAUACGUCAAGCAUUGAAGCGCAUGUCAUCCAACGAUAUCGAAAUAAAACUAAAAUACAAACGUGAUGCAUUAGCCAAAAAAAGACAAACCCCAGUGGAAUCCUUGACCACGGAUGAACGACUGGCUAUAGCUGAACUGGAAUUAAAUGUCUAUGAAUAUGCUCAGGCAGUAGUCGAUACUCCAUCCACGCAAUAUAUACCGAUGGAAACGACAAACGAAUCUGAAAUACACCGGAUAUCAUCAGUAUCUCAAAUCUCGCCUGUGCGAAAGAGUGCUGUUUCAAUACAAUCGUUCACCUCAACAUUCCAAAUAAUUCAACCAUCCGUCAUUAGUCAAUCUGUAGCUCUUCUUUCGACGACAGCAACUCAAUUCAGUGAUAAAACAGAAAAACUUCUUUCAUGGACUCAUCCACUUCUGUCUUACUUCAUGAACAAUCUAUUUGAACAUUCAAUACCGUUACGUAAAAUUCAAAUACACAAACAACUGGCUCGACGAUACGAACAUAUUUGUGCGAAAGCGAAAGAAUUCAAUAUUGAACAAUUACAAACACAAAUCCACGCCAAAUCGAAGGGUUCGUAUUCAAUGUUAAUAAUCAAAAAACAGAUAUCAUGUUCAAUGAUUUCAGCUUUAGUACAACAAAAAGCUAUUGCGAAACCAACUGAAGAACAAUGUUUACGAAUGGCCGAAUUGAAAUUAUGUCUGUUCGAGCUUGCACGAGAACAAACCGAACGAAAUCAAUUAAACUUGGAAUAA